GGGGCGGGCUGCGGCGGGUCCCCCGGGCCGGCAGGGGGCGCUGCUGCCGGGGGGGCGGGGCGAGCGGAGCCGGCGGCGACAUGCAGGGCUCCAAGCUGGGGGUGCAGGCCGCGGCGCAGGAGCUGCUCAAGUUCAUCCACCGCGCCCCCUCCCCCUUCCACGUGGUGGCCGAGUGCCGGAGCCUCCUGCUGCAGAGCGGGUUCGAGGAGCUGAAGGAGGCCGAGCACUGGGACAUCCAGCCCCAGCGCAAGUACUUCCUGACACGGAACUACUCCACCCUCAUUGCCUUCGCCGUCGGGGGCCAGUACCAGCCGGGCAAUGGGUUCAGCCUCGUCGGGGCGCACACAGACAGCCCCUGCCUGCGGGUGAAGCGGCGGUCGCGGCGGGGCCAAGCGGGCACGGUGCAGGUGGGCGUGGAGACCUAUGGCGGAGGCAUAUGGAGCACCUGGUUCGACCGUGACCUGACCGUGGCUGGACGUGUUAUCGUCAAGGAUCCGGCCACGGGGCGCCUGGAGCAGCGGCUGGUGCGGGUGGAGCGGCCCGUGCUGCGCAUCCCCCACCUCGCCAUCCACCUGCAGCGCGGCAUGAACGAGAGCUUUGGGCCCAACACUGAGCACCACCUGAUCCCAAUCCUGGCCACCACUGUGCAGGAGGAGCUGGAGAAGGAGACGCUGGAGGCCGGAGCACCCUGCGCUGCCAGCAUCCAGGAGCGCCACGGCCCCGUGCUGCUGUCCCUGCUCUGCUCCCAGCUGGGUGUGAAGCCGGAGCAGAUCGUGGAGCUGGAGCUGUGCCUGGCGGACACGCAGCCCGGGACGUUGGGCGGCGCCUUUGACGAGUUCAUCUUCUCCCCGCGCCUGGACAAUCUGCACAGCUGCUACUGCGCCCUGCAGGCCCUGAUCGACUCGUGCACGGGGCCUGGGGCCCUGGCACAGGAGCCCAACGUGCGAAUGGUCGCGCUGUACGACAAUGAGGAGGUGGGGUCGGAGAGCGCGGCGGGCGCCGAGUCCCUGCUGACGGAGCUGGUGCUGCGGCGCGUGGCGGCCUCGCCCCAAAAUCCCACAGCCUUCGAGGAGGCCGUGGCCAAGUCCUACAUGAUCAGCGCCGACAUGGCCCAUGCCGUGCACCCCAACUACAUGGACAAGCACGAGGAGAACCACCGCCCGGCCUUCCACAAGGGCCCCGUGAUCAAGGUGAACAGCAACCAGCGCUACGCCUCCACUGCCGUGACCGAGGCCGUGAUCCGGGAGGUGGCCGGCCGCGUGGACGUGCCCCUGCAGGAGUUCAUGGUGAGGAACGACGUGCCGUGUGGCACCACCAUCGGGCCCAUCCUGUCCUCGCGCCUGGGGCUGCGCGUGCUGGACCUGGGCUGCCCGCAGCUGGCCAUGCACUCGGUGCGCGAGAUGACCUGCACCUCCGGUGUGCUGCAGAGCAUCGCCCUCUUCAAGGGCUUCUUUGAGCUGUUCCCGGCCGUGAACCGCAGCCUGGUCAUUGACUGAGGAGCUGGAGCUGGAGCCAGAGCGUUGCCAUUAAAGGGUGUGACCCAGA